AUGGCAUGUACUUUGCCAAACAGGAUCAAGGUGGGAUUAGACGCGAUGCAAACAUAUGCCAGCAACCCAAGAGCUAUGUCAAAGAUCAUGCGUACCAUCUUGAGAACUGUUCCAUCGAUUCGAUUCGAAACGAUGGUUUCUAUUGUGUACAAGAAGACCAUAGAACGAGUCUGUGAUGAAGAGAAGCUCAUCACAUCACGUGAUGUACUCGCGUCUGAAGUUUUUGGCUACGGCGUUCAUAUUUUUGAACGACACGAUGUUUAA